UCUGGAAAGGAGAUCCGUUUUCUGUUCCGGGACCCAACGCCUAUAUAUAAAACCGACGGUGAGAAAAUAAAAAAAUAUCAAUUCGAAAGAGAUUUUUCUUCCAUUCCUCUCGGAUCAGAAAUGAACUGUCUUCAGAUUCAUUCAAGAUCCUCUGCCUUGCCCUUGCAAAGCUUCAAAUGCCAUCAGAGAACGCCUUCCUGCUCUCUCAGUACACUGGGAGUGACGAGUAGUGCUGGUCCACAACGAAGUAUGGCGGUGAAGGCUAUUAUGAAGGAGGAAAUAUCAGAGACAUAUAGUAACAACAUGACAAAAGCUAUGGGUGCUGUCUUGACCUAUAGGCAUGAACUUGGAAUGAACUACGACUUCAUUCGUCCGGACUUGAUUGUGGGAUCAUGCCUACAGGCUCCUGAAGAUGUUGACAAGCUUCGUAGUAUUGGAGUGAAAACCAUAUUUUGCUUGCAGCAAGACUCAGACUUGGAAUAUUUUGGCGUUGACAUCAAUGCCAUACAAGAGUAUGCUAAGACAUAUGAUGACAUUCAACACUUGCGUGCGAAGAUAAGGGACUUCGAUGCAUUUGAUUUACGGAUACAGCUUCCAGCUGUGGUUAGCAAAUUAUACAAGGCUGUAAAUCGAAAUGGAGGUGUGACGUAUAUACAUUGCACUGCUGGAAUGGGAAGAGCUCCUGCAGUUGCGUUGGCAUACAUGUUCUGGGUUCAAGGCUAUCAACUAAGCAAAGCUAACAAAUUGCUGCUGAGCAUACGCACAUGCUUCCCAAAACUGGAUGCUAUAAAAAGUGCAACCGCUGAUAUUAUUACAGGCCUCAGGAAGAAGCUCGUCACUUUGACUUGGAAAGAUCAUAAUUGCUCAACGGUGGAAAUUUCUGGACUUGAUAUUGGAUGGGGUCAGAGAAUACCUUUAAAAUUUGACGAGGAGCAGGGUUUGUGGAUUCUCAGCAAGGAAAUGCUAGAAGGACGCUACGAGUACAAGUACGUUGUUGACGGUGAAUGGAUGUGCAGUGAGGACGAGCUUUUAACCUCUGUCAACCAAGAUGGCCAUGUCAACAAUUACGUUCAAGUUGUUGAUGAUGAUGCAGAGAGUCUUAGGGCAAACCUGUGGAAGAGGUUGACUAGUGAUGAUCCUGACCUCACAAAGAAUGAACGACAGAAGAUAAGACAGUUUCUUGAAGCUCUUCCUGACUACGAGCAGUAAAUAAUGAAGGCAGUUUCCAGCUGCCAGCAUGUGUAGCAUAGAUGUAAAAAUGGUUACCAAUAAUCGUAUGUACUCCAUCGUCUCAAAAUAAAUAGAAGUAACAACAACAAAAAAUAGGACGAUUUUAAUAAAAUAAAACCAAUAUGACAUUAUUAUGCUUA